GUGACGACACGUUCUUCAUUGGCGGUCUCGACCUGCCGCUCCCUAUCGGUGAAAUGGGCCAGGGAGUCCGAUUCCCAUUGUCUGGGGCUGUUGAACAGGGUACCUCCCCAUACGCGUAUGCCCACGGCCAGGCCUACAAUCCGGUGUCCAUGUGGGACAUGGAGAAAAUGGAGGACGACACCAAGCCGAUAAACAUGCGCCGCAGGGCUCCGCAAAAAUUCCCGGUUACGGAAAAGAAAGAAUUCUACCGCAAAUUUUUCGGCCGUGAAAUGGACGCGAUGGAGAAAAGUGGGAAGAAGGUGGAAUUUACU